UGCCGACGUUCUAUAAAACUCAGAUGUCACUAAUGGGAUCGCCACGCUAGGUUCUUGCAUUCCCGUCCCUCCCUGCACCGUCCAAUUCAACAGGGUAUCACGAAAAGUAAUGUCCAAGGAAUUAGACCUAGCUAGCCCUUCUGGCAAGGAACUCAGUCGUUCGAUGAGUAACAUCGAGACGGCAAAGGACAAUGAGGUCCAGCGCAGUCGUUUGCGCUCCAUUUUUAUAGUCAUCACUUGUACCGCUGCAAUGGUUGUUAAUAUAUCUAAUACUACCUCUGUCUCUAUUUCACUCCCAACCAUUGAGAAGGGGCUAGCUAUUGAGGAAGAGCAGCUCCAGUGGCUCGUAUCUGCAUAUUCUCUCAGUUCUGGUUGCCUGCUCCUGUUCUUCGGCCGAUUGGCGGAUCUUUAUGGACGAAAAAAGGCAUUUAUGCUUGGGACUCUUUGUCAAAUUGCCUUUUCUCUCGGUUGUGGCUUUGCACAAGAUGGUCUCACUCUCGCCGUGUUGCGUGGCUUCCAAGGUAUUGGAGGCUCCGCUACAAUACCUUCCGCACUCGGUAUCUUAGCGCAUGCAUUCCCACCGUCAAGAGCACGUUCAAUAGCAUUCGCUACCUUUGCAGCGGGUGCUCCUGUGGGCGGCGCAUUUGGAAUGAUCAUCGGCGGUGUUCUGACUCAACUUACCUCGUCACAUUGGCGCUCUGUAUUUUACAUGGCCGCUGCAACUUCAGCUGUAAUUGGAAUUUCUGGCAUGAUUUCGUUCGAUGCCGACGUUCCCUCAGCGGAAGCUGUCAAACGUGUCGACUGGAUCGGCGCUUCCCUUGUCACUGUUGGAUUGAUUCUGAUUGUAUUCGUACUUGCUCAAGGAGAAAUUGCUACGGAUGGCUGGAAAACCCCGUAUAUCCUCGUGCUCCUUAUUAUCGGCGUCAUCUUACUUGCCCUAUUCCUGGUGUGGGAGUGGAAGCUGGAGCAAAUCAUCGACGAUGAUCCAUCAAGAGCGACAUCUUUCUGGACACCGCCACCGCUUAUGAGACUCUCGCUCUGGACUAGGGCAAAGGGACGCAUGGCCGUUGUCCUUGUAAUAGCAUUCCUAAAUUGGAGUGCUUUCAUUAGCUGGAGCUUCUGGGUUCAGUUGUAUUAUCAGAACUACUUGUUAUUGACGCCGGUCGAGACCAUGAUCCGAUUCAUUCCCAUGUUCAUUGUCGGCUGCCUAUGUAACUUCUUCGUGGCGAUGGUUGUUGCCAAAUUGCCCUUGGUUAUCUUUGUAGUCAGCGGAACACUCCUGACAGCAACGGCCGCCAUCCUAUUUGCCCUAAUUGACCCGUCUGUAACAUACUGGGCCUUCGGUUUCCCAUCCACGGUUCUUAUCGUGUUCGGCGCUGAUUUCGUAUACUCCUCCGGCACAAUUUUCAUUGCCAAAACCUCGCUCCCACAUGAACACAGCGUGGCUGGAGCGCUAUUCCAAACUAUGACACAGAUCGGCACUGCAUUCGGUCUAGCUAUAUCCACAAUUGUGUUCAACACUGUAGUUGAUACGGAAUCUGCGAAGCUCGGUGUCAUUGUAAACUCUAGCGUCACCAAUGCGCCCAUGUCCGCGCAACUCACGGGGUAUCAGGAUGCGCAAUGGACCGCUGCUGCGUUUGCCCUUAUGGCCGCGCUGCUGGCAGCGCUUUUCCUCCGGAGUGUUGGUAUCGUCGGACACAACAGGGUCAUUAGGCAUGUUGAUUCUGAUCAGACCAUGGCUGCCCAUGCAGCGGCCGACGACACUGGGAUACCCGCUAUGUCCAACUAAGCAAGACAUCGAUGUUCAAACGGACGUUACUUAUGCUGCAUCACGAACUCGUAUAUGCCCCCCAUUUGCAUUUAUUCAAUCGCACUUCACGUUCCAGAAUCCACAGGAACCCACCAAUCCAAAUUCAACAUUUUACCGUUAAUCGUACCCACGCGUGCCGUGGUUCUGCAUUGCAUGUUUUCGUUACUGUCGUACGCCCGCAGAAACCCGAAAUCCAAAUUCAACAUUUAUUAUUGGCCAAUCGUCCCCCUAUGUAAUCAGUAGUUCCUGUACCCACGCACGCCAUCAUUUCAACACCCUGGCAUUGCAAUGUUUUCAUUUCUGUCGUUUCUUCUGCUCAUAGAGCAUUACCGUUUGGACUUUACGCGGCAUGUUGUGGUAGUAGUACUGUAGCGAUGUCGCGCUGGUCAAGUAACUUAUACAUCUUGUAUAUAAUUAUCGUGAUUUGGGUCUCCGAGAGAUCGAACAUUGAAACGUUGAAAGUA